AUUAACAGUGGAGCACCUCUUUGUGUCGCCUUUCCACCUCUCUGUAGCAAGAAUAACAACUUCAGCACUUCUUCAAUAAUAAUUAUGAAACUGGUAUUAACUGAAUGGCAAUUAUGGAUUUUUAACUCUAACUCACAGUAAACCAGCAAGCCAUAUGUUGAAAUUACUACCAAAUAGCUUUUCGUUCUUAAUGUCUCAUAUCUAUACAAGAAAUUGCAAGAUACCUGUUUGAACAAGAGGAAUAUAAGCAUUACUUGCCAGAGGAACAGAAGCUGGAAGAGAAGACACCCUAACUUGUUCGUGGAGUUAUGGUAGUAUUAUUUAUAUAGAUAUAACAAAUAUAUAUAUUUUUUUUAUGGUAAUGAAAAUGGCUCCCCAGAAUGCUGACUCGGAAUCUAUGCAAGUUCAAGAUCUACCUGUGGCACAGCUUCAGAAACCAGAAAACAAGGAGAAUGAAAGUAGGGAGGAGACCAUUAGUGAAGGAUCCAUAGACCGGAUACCAGUACGCCUGUGGGUGAUGCAUGGUGCAGUAAUGUUUGGCAGGGAAUUUUGUUAUGCCAUGGAGACAGCUUUGGUAACACCGGUAUUGUUACAAAUUGGUCUUCCUGAACAAUACUACAGCCUCACUUGGUUCCUUAGCCCUAUCCUGGGAUUGAUCUUCACUCCGCUUAUAGGUUCAGCUAGUGACCGCUGCACACUGAGCUGGGGCCGCCGGCGGCCUUUUAUUCUUGCUCUCUGCAUUGGUGUCCUCUUUGGAGUUGCACUUUUCCUUAAUGGCUCUGUUAUAGGUCUGGCUAUUGGCGAUGUCCCGGACAAGCAGCCCAUUGGUAUAGUUCUCACGGUGCUUGGUGUUGUGGUGUUGGACUUUUGCGCUGAUGCAACAGAAGGGCCAAUUCGGGCCUACUUGUUGGAUGUGGUGGACAGUGAAGAGCAAGACAUGGCCCUUAAUAUCCAUGCGUUUUCAGCUGGUCUUGGAGGAGCAAUUGGUUACAUGUUAGGAGGGCUGGACUGGACACAGACCUUCUUGGGUAGUAUUUUUAAGUCUCAAGAGCAAGUCCUUUUCUUCUUUGCAGCCAUUAUUUUCUCUGUCUCCGUUGCUCUCCACCUCUUUAGCAUUGAAGAAGAGCAAUAUAACCCUCAGCAGGACAGGAUUGAUGACGAAGGAGACACACUUUCCAGUGUCAAAUUCAGUGGUAGUCUCCCCCCUCUGAAUCGACUGAAUGUAAUUAGUGAGGAAGAGCCGUAUGGAGCCUCUAUGUUCCAUGACGAGGUUCAGUCAGAGCAUGAUCUCAAUAUGGAGUUCCUUGAGGUGAACAUUGUAAGAAGUAAGAGUGACUCAGUUCUGCAUAUGCCCGAUGCUACAUUGGAAAUUGAAUCGGAGCUGCUUUUUCUGCAUGACAUCGAACCCUCCAUUUUUCAGGAUGCUUCAUACCCAAACACUCCCCACAACACAAGCCAAGAGAUUAUGAAGUCCAAACUCAACCACCUGUCUGCUUUCCUCAGGGACAAUGAGAAAGAGGAGGAAAUGUUGCUUGAUAAUCGCUUAAAUGAAGAUAAAGUCCCAAACGUGAAUGGCUCCCUACCAAAAGAGUUCCUCAAUGGACACGCUAGAAUAGGCAUGAAGCAAUCUAGUACUUCAAACUCCAUGCGAAGGCGGAGGCAUAUGUUCUACCGUCAGCCAUCUUACACCUUCUCGUACUAUGGCAAAAUAGGCUCUCACCGCUAUCGCUUUCGUCGGGCCAAUGCCAUAGUCUUGAUAAAGUCCUCACGCAGCAUGAAUGAUAUCUACGACAUGCAGAAGCGGCAGCGACAGAGGUACAGACACAGGAAUCAGAGUGGCACGACAAAUUCAAGUGGAGACACAGAGAGUGAAGAGGGGGAAACAGAAACCACUGUCAGACUUUUGUGGUUGUCAAUGCUAAAGAUGCCAAAGGAGCUGCUGAGACUGUGCGUCUGUCACCUCUUAACUUGGUUUUCGAUCAUUGCUGAAGCUGUGUUCUAUACAGAUUUCAUGGGCCAGGUCAUAUUUCAGGGCGAUCCAAAGGCCCCUUCUAACUCAACUGAGUUACAUGCCUAUAACGCUGGAGUUCAGAUGGGAUGCUGGGGACUGGUGAUUUAUGCUGCUACUGCUGCCGUUUGUUCAGCCUUGUUGCAGAAAUACUUGGACAACUAUGACCUUAGUAUAAAAGUGAUCUACAUCCUGGGCACGCUGGGUUUUUCUCUUGGCACUGCAGUGAUGGCUAUGUUCCCCAACGUGUACGUCACCAUGAUAAUGAUCAGCACUAUGGGAAUUGUCUCUAUGAGUAUCUCCUACUGCCCCUAUGCGCUUUUGGGACAAUACCAUGAUAUUAAACAGUACAUUCACCAUAGCCCCGGGAACUCAAAGCGAGGCUUUGGGAUAGACUGCGCUAUUCUGUCGUGUCAGGUUUACAUCUCCCAGAUCCUCGUGGCCUCUGCGCUUGGUGGUGUGGUGGAUGCGGUUGGCACAGUCAGAGUCAUUCCCAUGGUGGCUUCAGUGGGAUCCUUCCUGGGUUUUUUGACAGCUACCUUCUUGGUGAUUUACCCUGAAGUCAAUGAAGAGCCAAAGGAAGAACAGAAAGGACUAGGUCCUCCAGAGACAAGCGAGGGCAACGGCACGAGCGCAGAGAAGCCAACUGUGCUGAAGCUCACACGCAAAGGAGUUGCCGCGUCGGAGCUGGAGAGCGAGUCAGCCGUGUGAGGCCGUUGCUUGUUGUUCACCCACAUUCCAGGGCAUGCAGGUGCAGGAUCGAGAACUUUUUUUUUUUUCCCCAGGAAAACAAAUUAGGGUCUUCACUACUUGUAACUAAAAUUGCAGAAGAAAAGGCAGUUUCGUGCAAAGUGUAAAUGAAAUUCUGUAGUCCUUAAUAUAGGUUUGAACAGGUAGCUAUGAUGCUAAUUGCUUUCUGUACAACUUAGAAAUGUCAUUUCUGAACACUUUUUUAUUAAGAAUACAUUUAGAUUUCAAAUAAGUUUUAUUAAUCUGCAUGAGACUCACAGUGUAUACAAUUAGCAGUUAGAAAAAUUAAGUUUUCAGCUGUUUUUAAACUAACUGAAAAUGGAAGCUAUCUUGACUUACAGUCUCUUGCUAUUUUUUUGUCUGAACAUUUCAGAUUUCACUAGUGUAAUAGCUGAAUCAAAUGCUUAGACAUCUUGAUCAAUUUUUUUCAUAAGCAUGAUAUUAUUGGUCUGACAGCUACAGUUCUUUAAUGUUAAUUUUAGACUUCAUGUUUUUGUUAGUGCAAUUACUACAGAAUAGUUUUAUUUGCAAUUACUUUCAAGAAAAACAAAAGCAAUUACUGCGGUUUCUAAGAAACUGCCGUGGAUCCUUUUACUCAUACUGUUCAGCAACUACUCCCAAGUCUGCUGCUUGUCAGGAGAGGGUGACGUUGGGUGCAUGAUGUGGCCUGUAGAUGGAAGGAGCAGUAACUGGGAGAGGUGACCAGCACUGACAGGUUUUUAUCACAAGUGCUGAAUUUUAUGAAUGUUGUUGGAAUACGCCGUGACAAUUUUUAGCUGGGAGUUUUGCGUGCUGGUGAACUCGGGGGGUUUUCUUGGCAUUUAAACCUGAUCAUCUCUGGAUGAAGCUGCCAUGGAGAAAGGGCGUCUCUGGGGUCAGCUACGUGGGAGGGGGCAUGCGGAUUCUCUCAUGGGGAAAGGAAGUCGUUGAUUAAUUGCACUUUUUAUGAUCCUUUAACCUCCUGGCUGGGAACGCAGCAGCCAAGGUAAAGGCACAGUGUCAGUACAACAAGGUAAACUGAAGGCCUACCUCCGUCACUUUAUGGCAUAGUCUGGGUGUGUAAAAAUCUGUGUCAGAAACAGUUUUUAGGCCUUAAAAUUCAAUCCACUAGCGUGUGUUGCUGUUCCAGUCCCUGUGUUGGAAGAAUUGUAGGCUGGAGCUCUUCCAAGCUGCUGUACCAAUGUCAUCAGCGCAACCUCCAUGUCCCCUUCCUUGAUUCAGGACAUAGCUGCAGUGCAAAGACAUUUUUCUGUGAAGAGCUUGAAAGAGUUGUGCUAAUCUGAUUUAAAAUAGCGUUUGGAUCACUAGCAGUGUGCCCCAAUCCAUGGGCAGCCAGAGCUCAGCGAUCCAGCAGCCAUUUAAAGAAACUUUAGAAACCGAACUUCCGUUUGUCGUCUUAUAAGAAGUGUUUGUGAUGCUAUUUACUCAUUUUCGCAUGGACCUCCAGGCUGCAGUCAAUCUGUGUGCUAAACAGACAAAUCACAGCUCGUUGUAAGAUUUCUGCUGCCUCAAACUUCUCAUACUACAGUACUUUAAAAUGCAUGUGUAAAUCAUGCUGCAAUAUAGUCAUUCAAAAGAAGAAUAUAUAUUUCAAAAUGACAAGCAGUUUUUAAUAAAUUACUUGAAUUGUCAAUGUAUUUAAGAAAUGUAUGGGUUGGUAUAUUUGAAGUUAACGCCGCAGUCUUGGCCACCAUCAUUGACGAAUUCCUGGUGGCAUACAUGGGUUUCUUAGCUGAAGGCUUUCAGUCGGUGCCGAUGUCCUAUGCUAUCAAGGAUGACAAUGUUGUUUUUAGGCUGGUGAAAUCACCGAGCACUAAAGUACACGUAAUUGCACAGGACUUAGGUUUUUUGUUUUGUUUCAAGUGUCUUGAGAAAGUCUUUUUUUCUUUAAGGUGAUUUUUUUUUUAUUUAGAACACAUACUGUGAACUGUGUUCAGACAGGGGAAUAAUACUACUGAAGAAUAUGAGACCUUAUUGAAGAAAUCAGUUGUGAGAAAUACUUUAACUGAACUUCUGCCCUGAAUUUUAUCAUCUCAGUUACAUUUAAUAUAUUCUGGUGAUGUUCAUAUAUAACACAGAUGAGUUGUAUUUCACCCUAUAACUGGCAUUCAUGUAAAAUACACACUGAGUUAGACAUUUUAAAGUGGCUUUAAUAUUUUAUUUUUAAAGCUCCUUGAAGAUUCUGCUUUUGGUUAAACAAACGCUGUCAAGUACUCCUUAUUUUAGUCUCUAUUUUUGGAAAGGUUCUUCUACAGUUUAAAAAUCUGCAUCUUCUGGUCAGUACCAGCCUUACACCUUACCCUUUUCCCCAUGAGCUUCAUGGAUCAGCGUGGUUUCAAAUCGCCGUUACUCCACAUAGCACCUUCAUAAGCCAAGAUUUCUUUCACAGCACCAUUGAGCUGACCAAGGUCUAGCUGCCAAGAGGGAGGAGAAGUUGAAGCUCCCUCUCGCUUCACACCCAGCAGAGGGAUUGUGAAACCCUUUUGGAGGGUGAGCUCACACACAUUUAUUUAGCUUUCUCAGUCAGAGGAAGGGUGAGGAGGGAGGAAGGACGUUUCAAAUUCAGAGGGUUUCAAUCAAAGGCAGGGCAGGUCCAAUUUUGUCCCAGCCAGUAUUUGGCGUAGCCUCAUUUCUAAGAACUGGAUGUCAAAAUCCAUAUUUGGGGUUGUUUAUGGGGCUGUUUAAUUACCAUUCGUAGCACAUGAAUAUGCACGCUGCCUUGUAGCAGGAAGCUCUAUUUCACUCCCCUGUAAAGCCGAAGGAAAUAAUUAUCCAUUGUAAAGGCGCUGAAGUAUUUGUAGCAUUGCCAGAAGAAUUAACUUGGGGGAGCCCCUGCCAAAGUAUCUCCUCCUCUACCUUGGCCAGCCUGCGAAACCACUGCGCUGGCUUCACUGUGCUCGACGGUGAGGGCUCCCAAGAUCUUUCAGGGUAAUGCUUUUUCUUGGAUUUGCGAGAGUUUUCUUUCUAGCCCUGGCACUUCUCAGGGUAGAGUGGGCACUGAUUUAUUUCUUUGUGUCCCUUACCUUAUUUUUUGAUACAGAAAUUAUUUUUCUUUUGGUCAUGAUUAAAAGGUAAAGUAGUAAGAUUUUAUGUGUUUAUUGCAGAAGUUGUGGGAAGAGAGAGUUGAAGGGGCUUUAUUUUAUUCCUGGUGACAAUAAGCAAAAUUUUUUGUUUGGCGGUAUUACUGUAUAGUCAGAUUCAUCCUGCGUGCUCCAUCUCUUUGGACCUUUUUUGCAGUGGGCUUAAGGUUUUGUGGUUUCAUUCUGUGUUGCUCUAUACUGUAAACAAUUUUAACAUAUUCUGCUGCAGUCCUUCUGGUGACGUGAGACGCCAUUAGUCCUCAGAUUCUCGAGUGCUGUCUUUGGUAAGCUGCACAUCUAGAAAUAUUGCACAUAAGAGCAGAGAAGCUCAAACUUUAACCGCUCGGAAAGGCGUAGCGUGGAUUUUGCACCGUUGGGUUAUUGCAAGAGUCCAGUCAGAUCUGCGCUGUUUGUGGAUGGCAAUUUCAGACUCCAGAAGCAAUAAUUUCUUAGGAAUGUUUCUCUUCCUGCUGGUUAGAUGACUUUCAUAGAGAUUUAUUACCUAAAUAGCCUUUUAAUAACAUGAAUCUGGCCAUUUGCUAGUGCUGGCAGUAAGCAGUUGUAGAAAGAUGCGGGUUGUUCAUCAUUAGAAGGGAGGAAGCCAGUAAAUCCAACGGAGGUUAGUUCUCCUUGAAACACACAAUGUCCUUUUCCCCUUUCACUCCGAGCCUUUUUCUAGACUAUGAAAUAUUCCCGGCUCGGUGGGCUGAAAAGGAGGCCGCUGCCAAUUUAGCCUUCCGUUUUUCUUGCCAGUGCUGAAGCUGGCAUGCAGACCCCAUGAUGAAACAGGCUUGCAUGAGGUUUUCCACGGAGGCAUGGAAGCGAGGUCAUUCCUCUCCUGUCUGAUCUGAAUCCCCCCAGCACUUGGAAUGACAGCGGCAACAACAGUGAUUAUUGCCGGGUACCUCAUUAAAACCUCAGUUCCAUCGUUAGAAAUGCAUCUGCCCGCCCUCCAUUUGUGGUGAGUUUGGCCUUCCUCCAACGUCUGCCAUUAAAGGCAGGAUUUUCAUGGCUACCAGUGGUGUCUUGUGGCCAUGGGGUUGAGAUCGUGUUUAGGAAUAAAGGUGGAGAAAGUCACAGUUUGUUCCUGGGAGACCUCCCUCCACGUCCGGGCAGGAGGGGAGUUCAGGGGGGGCUUCCUUCCCAGAGGCGCGUCGCAGGGGUCAGCGUUCGUUUUCGGUGGUCGCUCAACGUUUACAGUAAUUUUGCGUAGACAAGUAGCCAGGUUGCGCGACACUCCAUUGUUCAGUCCCUGCGACAAACUGUAGUUCAAUCACUGAGAGCUGGGGUUUUUUAGGUGCGCGUGUGUGUCUGUGUAUAUCCGUGUGUAUAUACAUUUAUAUACACACUGCUCGGGCCAAAAUAUCUUUGGUGGUUGCGUGCACAUCGUCACUGUACUCAACAAUGUUUUCAGCUGAGUUCUUCCAGGUUCCCCUCAUCCUAGUCUGAUGCGAGACGAGCUCAGCUAUAAAUAUGUAUCCUAUUUAAAUGAGUAAGUAAACUCCUGCAUGAUAUUCCAAGCACAUGUAGCAGCUUCGGCAUCUGAAGUAUCUAUUGUGAAAGAGAAGUUGGUUUUAUUUGCAGCUGUUUUGUCCUUGUUUCCUUUUAAUAGGCCAAAUAAAUGUAACGAACACCAAAUGUUGCACAGAAAUGUUAUUAAUGACUGUGUAGAAGAAAUACCAAAUUUUAUUUUUCUUUGCAGAAACUUUAUGGUUACAGAGAGUCCUCUAGCUGUUAUUCUUCCUUAAACGACAAAGCUGAACGUUUGUAAAGUGUGUCGAAAAUGGUCAUUUUUAAACAGUGGAGCUACCCAAAGUUUUCUGUUUCUCAUGUUGCAUCCAGAACAAGCCACUGGCGGAGGCGAGCUGCAGAAGCUCACAUAUCAACUGGAGUUUUGUUUUCAAGGCUCAGCAGCCCAGAGAGUUAGGAAAUUGUGUUAGAUAAUAACAAAAAGGCUCAAUUGCCUUUGCGCUAACAGCUACUGGGGCAGCAGGGUCUGCUCAUUAAGAUGUUCCAGUUUUUCCUUUUAUUUAAGUUAAGAUCACCUCCUGGAAAACCGAUUUUGUUUGGUUCCUCAACCCAAGCAGCCCUGCAGCUCACCUCUUUUUCAACCUCACCUUCCCUCGGCCCGGGGAGCACGGGGGACCGGGAGGGAUGCCCAGGAGGGACAAAUACCUUCCUCCCCCAGAAGAGAGCCUCGGCUAAAAUUAAAAGGCUUUCGAUGCCCUUGUGACCUGCUAAAGCUUUAGUGAAAACCCAGGACACGGUUCAAUUUGACAUGCUCUGACACAUUUUUUUCUUAAAUUUUGAAGUUGGGGGUGAAGCUCUAAGAUAGUUUGGCCAAACUAGGCAUCACCUUAUUUAGUCUGCACCUAUUCACUCCUUAAUGAUAGCCAAAGUGGAGUGAAUAGCCCCAAAAACCAGAAAGACUUUUCUCCCAACAAAUUGGCAGUUCCCAAUAUUAAUAUUUUUUUUCUGAUGUAACAUGAACACUAAGCCCUUUCGGUAGCCAAAUGACCAGCUUAUUUUAAAUGCCUCCUAUUAUUAGAAAGCUGCAUAUAGGCAUCUCAUAGUGGAAAAAGAAAAAAAAAAAAAAAGAAUAUUUAGUUCCUUUGUGAACUGGCCAUAUGACAACUACUUUUUUAUCAACUUAUUAAGUUGGGGCACUAUAAUAGCUCUUGCUGAGUUUAGCAAUGUUUAUAAGCAUGUGUUAAACACAUAAUGUUAAGUUUUAUGAGGAAAAAGGGAUAAAGAAAAGUAAUGUCACAGAUGAAUGUUUGAGUGCGUAGACGGCAAAAUGUAUGUAUGUUUUUUUAUUUCUACACUGUUGAGCUUAUUUUCUGUUUUAAGGUUAAAAAAAAGAGAUUUGAUGCAUGAGAACUGGUUUAUUGUGUUCUGCACUUUCUGUUCUUUUUGUAUAAUCUUGAUUUUUUUUUCAUUUAUGCAUAGAAAAGAAAAAUCGAUUUAGAAAUACUCUACUCCACAAGACAUUGUGUUCCGAUCCGUUGUUCUGAAGUUCGAUCUUAAUAAACAUUUCA